AUGCCCUGCGUCCGCAGCCUCCUCCGCCUCCUGACGGCCCCGGCGGCCAGUGGCACCGUCGCCUUCUUCGGCUACUGUGUUUACUUCGACCGGAAGCGGCGCUGCGACCCCGCGUUCAAGCGCCGCUUGCGGGACAAAAGAAGAGCCCAACAGCCAGAGGCCGAGGAGCCGGGCGCGCAGUUGUGAGAUCCAGCAAAGAAUGAGAAACUGCAAGAACUUUUUCUGCAAGAGGUACAGAUGGGAGAACUUUGGUUAUCUAGAGGUAAGAAUCAUAGAAUGGGGGUUGAACAUCUCGGCAGCCCACAGGAACUUCUGAAGGUUUUCAAACACACACUUCCUCCCAAGGUAUUUGAGAUGCUAUUGCACAAGAUUCCCUUUAUUUGCCAGCGAUUUGAGGCAGAAAUGAAUAAACAGGAAUGCUGGGAGGUUGAUCCUGACUGA